AUGGAUUUUAAGAGAGUGAGUUACUUGGGGUGGUGUUUUGUUCUGGUUUUGGUAGGUUUAUGGAUGGUAGAAGCGAAGGGAAAGGAUGAAGAAGAUGAUGAUGUUGUUGUGCAUGAAUGGAAAGAAUACUCAGCAGUUUAUAACUUUGGGGACUCAAAUUCAGACACAGGAACAUUUUCUGCAGCAUUUGCAGCGGUUUUUCCUCCCAACGCUCAAUCUUUUCCUGGAAAUCUCCUCCCUAAAAGGAACUGUGAUGGCCGUCUCAUCAUUGAUUUCAUCUGUGAAGAGUUGAGGAUGCCAUACUUGAGUUCAUACUUGGAUUCCAUUGAUUCAAAUUACAAUUAUGGGGCAAACUUUGCAGCGGGUGGUUCAUCCAUUCGACAGACAGGCUUUAGCCCAAUUCAUUUUGGGCUUCAAAUUUCUCAAUUCAUACAGUUCAAGUCCAGGACAAUGGCUCUCUACAAUCAAACCUCUCACACAGGAGUAGAUGUGCCAGUGAAAAGUAGGUUACCCAAGUCCAUGGACUUCUCCAAUGCCCUAUACACCAUAGAUAUUGGUCAGAAUGAUCUAAGCUUUGGUUUCAUGAGCUCAGAUCCAAGAUCAAUCAGAUCAACAAUCCCAGAUAUAUUGACCCAAUUCUCUCUUGGAUUGCAGCACAAUUUCAUGACUCUUGUGUUGGUUUUGCUUCAGCAACUUUUCAAAGAAGGAGCUAGGUUCUUUUGGAUACAUAACACUGGUCCAAUUGGAUGCUUGCCACGACAAAACAUGGUGAACAAGACCACACCAGAAGACUUGGAUUCUGCAGGAUGCAGAAAUUUUGAGAAUGAGAUUGCUCAGGAGUUUAACAAGCAACUUAAGGAGAUUGUGUUUGAGCUAAGGCAAAAGUUAGCUCCUGCCAUGUUCACCUAUGUUGAUGUCUACUCAGCCAAAUAUGAACUAAUAAAAAAUGCAAGGAAUCAGGGUGAAUAUGUCUCAUAA